AUGUCUCUCUUUGGAGUCGUCGUUCCGGGGCGGCCUUGUCUGGCGCCUACCCAGGUUACAGGCCAGGCACCUGCUCUCGGAACUUUCCAGUCUGGUCAGUGGGUUUGCGACCUGGUCAAUCCGGGGGAAAUUUCCGACCUCGUUUGUUUCCUGACUUCUCCUCUACCGAGCAACAAUGAAGGGGCUGGCAUAUACUACAGUGUAGCGCCCUUCACAGACUGGGAGUUUAUGGGAGUCAUCACGAACAACCGGCCGAGCGUUCUGCUCUCUCCUGGGUGGUCGCUCUUGCCUCAAGUGAACCAACAACCGAUUGUAAAGCUAGGUGUAUCGCUCGAAAGCGCUGAAGUCCUUCAAGAAAAGCUGUUGACCAAACCUCCCCCAGAUGUGAAGAAGGAGUAUGCCCGCCGAGUCGCCUUGAAUUUGUACCGAUACAUCGAAUCUUUUCAAGGAGGUGCGGCGAUGCCUCUCCUGGAUCAAUGGUUCCAACGGUGUGCAUCCCAUAAUCCCGCAUUCAAACAUUCACGCUCCGCAAGACGGUCUCCGGACACUGCCUGCACUUGGCGUUAG